AUGCAACCGAGGGAGGUCGACUAUACAGAGUUAUUCUCCAGUGAACGUCGCUGGCGUGAUAAACAGCCGUAUCUUCAGUCGAGAGGUUAUAUGUUACGCCCUCGAUUGCGUCCUGGCUGGGUUCCGUCUUGGACUAGCACAGGGGAGGAUCCACUGGACUGUGAAGAUGGUAUACGUCUGCCGGCACGCGCGCACCUUGUCGACGCCACUCGCAUGUCUGACGGAAAGCUGGUCUACGUCAAGCGCAUCAAGACCGGCGACCAAGAGUCUUCGAUUGCCUCAGUGCUGUCAUCAGAACCUCUGCGAAAAGAUCCGCGUAAUCAUACUGUGCCUGUAGAAGAUGUGUUCGUGGACGAUGAAGACCCCAGUACUUCGUACCUCGUCAUGCCCUUCCUGCGCCGUCCUACCUCGCCACCAUUCGAGUACGUGGGAGAAGUUGUAGACUUCGUGGACCAAGUUCUGGAGGGCUUGACGUUCAUGCACGACCAAGGAGUUGCUCACAGGGAUUGUGCUAUGCCCAACAUCAUGAUGGAUGCCUCUGCCUUGUUUCCAGAUGGUUUCCACCCUAUCAAGCAGUACUCCCUACCUCACGAUAUCCGCAAAGAGUCGAAGUGGCUUCCCCGCAUGCAUGCAGGUGUACGCUAUUACUUCGUGGAUUACGGUAUAUCUUCUUACUUCCCCCCUGGACAACCGCGAGAACGCGUCACCGGUAUUCUCGGUCGAGAGCAAGCUGUACCGGAGUUGUCCAACACAAAGCCAUACGAUCCUUUUGCUGUCGACGUCUGCAUCAUCGGCAAUCUCUUGCACGCCGAGUUCUUGAAGCAAUACUCCAACGUCUCAUUCCUGCAACGACUGGCCACAGAGGCCACAAGACGUAACCCCGAGGAUCGUCCCGAUGCUGCCGCGCUGCUAAGGCUGUGGACUGUUGAGCGCCGGCGCGUGUCAGCGGUUCACAAGUCCUGGCGACUACAUGACCGCGGAGAGUCCCUCGUCGAGACUGCCGCACGAGAUUGUUUCGGUCUCAUCGGUUCCGCAUGGGGAUAUGCCGGUUCAGUUCUGGGAUGGAAGUGA